AUGGAAGCUUUCACACUCUUCCAGAAGAUGAGUCUUCUUGAGCCCGCUGUCUUCGUGACAGCUACGUGCCUCAUACUAAGCCUCACCUACGGCCUCUACAACCUCUACCUCCAUCCACUUGCCCCCUACCCGGGCCCAAUCCUCUACUCCGCCUACCGCCUCCCCUACGUCAUCACCAAUAUCCGCGGCAAACUCCCCUUCCGCGUCCUGGAUAUGCACCGCACGUACGGCCCCGUCGUGCGCAUCGCCCCCAACGAGCUCGCUUUCACCUCCCCCGAGGCCUGGAACGACAUCUACGGGCUGCAAAGCGAUCGUGUGCAGAACCCAAAAGACGAACAGGCGUACACGCCCGGCGCGAACAACGAUUCUCGAGAAACGAAGGGCAUAGUCAACGCGAACGAUGUGCAGCACGCGAGGCUGCGCCGGAUCUACGGGCAGGCGUUUACGCAAAAGGCGAUCGAGGGGCUGGGCGACAUGUUGGUCAAGUAUGCUAAUCUUUUGGUUGAGCAGUUGAGCCUCGCCAUUGAGAAGGAUGACGUGCAGGAUCUCUCCGCGUGGUUCAAUUACACGACGUUUGAUCUGACCGGAGAAUUUUCCUUUGGGUCCGCAUUCCACUGUCUUGACAGCGGGGGAAAGAGCCACUUCUUCCUGGAUACGGUGCUAGCUGGGGUGGUGGUAGGGUGCCAGAUAUGGCAGCUUGAGCGGUACAAGCUGCUUACUAUCUUGCAGCCGGUGCUGUCUCUUUUCGCGGGGGAGGCGAUUAAGAAGCAGGAGAUGAUGGGGCGGUAUACGCAGAAGGUGGUGGAUGCGAGGCUCGAGGAGGGGUAUCAGGUUGGACGGAAAGACGUGCUGAAUUAUUUGCUUCAGAACAAGAAGGAGGAGGAUCAGCUUGAGAGAGCGGAGCUGUAUGAGAAUGCGUUGACGCUGGUGGUGGCGGGGAGCGAGACGACUGCUACGCUGUUGACGGGUGUGGUGUACUAUCUGUGCAGGCACGCGGACGUGCUGGAGAAGGUGCAGAAGGAGGUUCGCGGUGCGUUUGAGCAGGGUGGGGAAAUUACGCCUGCGUCCGUGAAUGAGCUGGAGUACAUGAUUGCAGUGUUGGCGGAAACGCUACGCAUCUUUCCGCCGUCGGGGUUCGGCUUUCCACGUCUUAUCUCGAGCAAGGGCGGGCAAAGCGUUGCGGGAGGUUGGGUCCCUGAAGGGACUCGUUGCAGCAUAUUCCACCACGCGGCUUAUCGCUACGACGAGUAUUUUGCUCGACCGGAGGAUUUCGUCCCAGAGCGCUGGCUUGUCAAUGCCCCGAGUGAGUUCAAGAAUGACAAGCGGGAGGUGGUACAGCCGUUCAUGGUCGGUCCGCGAGGAUGCAUCGGAAAAGGUCUGGCGUAUGCCGAGAUGAGAAUCCUGCUCGCGAAGAUGCUCUGGCAUUUUGAUUUCGAGCUUGCCGACGCUGCCAAGCAAUGGCAUGAGAGCCUGCGAGCGUUCCUGAUCUGGGAGCGAACACCUUUGCGAGUUCGUCUUAGAAAGGUACAGCGAUGA